AUGGCACAAGAUAUGAAGUUUGGUAUGGAAGAGUUAGAGCUUCCAAGUAGAUUGUUUGAGACAGGCUAUGAACUCACUGGCAAGAAAAGGGUUAACAACUAUUUCAAUCUCCGUUGGAUCGAAGUAAUAAAGAGUGCAUUAGAGGAUGAGGACCUCACGAUGUUGAGUGCGUCACAGUUUGGCCAAGUACUAAAGAUGGGGUCCCAUGCCUUCUCGGUUAUGUUUCUUCACUACCUUCUUUCACGACAGUUGAUCACUGAGAAGGACUUCGAACUAUGGUGGCUUUUCGUGGGGAAACCAAUUCGUUAUGCUAUUCAAGACUUUGCACUCGUAACUGGGCUCAAUUGUGGCCAAAUAGUGGACCUUCACCAUCAGGCGAAGGGUAAAGGUGUGCGUGGUAAGGGAACCGGAAAAUCGACAUCAUCGAGCGCUUCUCCGUCCACAUGGGAUGUUCUGUUUGGAAGGGAGGAUAAGCCCACCACCAGCUGGAUAAUUGACCGCCUUGUGAAGGGAAAGAAAUACAAGGAUCCGUUAACUCGUCUCCGCUUGGCCUUGUUGGUGCUGGUUGAAGGUAUUUUGUGCCCCACAUGUGGCACAACAAACAUCAGACCUGAGGUUGUGCGGAUGAUGGAUAAUCUGGAUGAGUUCCUAAACUAUCCAUGGGGGCGUGAGUCAUUUCUCCUGACGGUGCGCAGUACAAAAUCUCGUCGUCCCAAUCAUUUUGUGUUACAAGACACAAUGGCCAUCCAAGAAUUCUCGCAUGCCAUGGUUCUUGUUACAGUUGCUGCUUGCCCCGCGAUACUACUUAAGCCCGGAGCAGUUACCCUUCUGGAUGAUGAGUCUAAAAACAGUGAAGAUAUUCUUAACGAGUUGCUUGAUAGGAAGUUCAGCGUGAAUGUCGUCUCAGCCAAAGCUGUCGACCAAAAGGGCCAUGCUUUUGUGCGAUCUAUUAUUAGAUCAGAUGAAGCUGGUGAGGAGUUAUAUCGUGAGUUGGAAAACACGGAAAACGAAGCUGUUGAUCACCUGGUUGCACUAGCUCGUGAUGACUACCCAUUUGAACACAACACAUGGACAGGUGGUGUGAAAGCAGAUGAUGUGAAGGUGAAGAAGGGCCACCCUCUCCCAACUGACGAGCACGAACCUGAAGAAACUGAAGGGAAUAUGGGCAGCAAGGAGGUGGUGACGAUGUCAUCCACUCUGGAGAAGGAAGAGGCCAACCAAGUAUGA